AAUCUUCAUACAGGAGAACUGGCUGCUGUAAAAAUAAUCAAGUUAGAGCCUGGAGAUGACUUUUCGUUGAUACAGCAAGAAAUAUAUAUGGUUAAAGAAUGCAAACAUUGCAACAUAGUCGCCUAUUUUGGGAGCUAUCUCAGCCGAGAGAAGCUGUGGAUAUGCAUGGAAUACUGCGGUGGAGGAUCCCUCCAAGAUAUUUACCAUGUAACAGGACCUCUGUCAGAGUUACAAAUUGCAUAUGUAUGCAGAGAAACUUUACAGGGUCUUGCUUAUUUGCAUAUGAAGGGCAAAAUGCAUAGAGAUAUAAAGGGUGCAAAUAUUCUACUAACAGACCAUGGAGAUGUCAAACUAGCUGACUUCGGUGUAGCAGCAAAAAUAACAGCCACCAUUGCAAAGAGGAAAUCAUUUAUUGGUACCCCUUACUGGAUGGCCCCAGAAGUUGCAGCGGUGGAAAAGAACGGUGGAUAUAACCAGCUCUGCGAUAUCUGGGCAGUUGGCAUAACAGCGAUUGAACUUGCAGAGCUUCAGCCACCCAUGUUUGAUCUUCACCCGAUGAGGGCUUUGUUUUUAAUGUCAAAAAGUAAUUUUCAGCCGCCAAAGCUAAAGGAAAAAGCAAAAUGGUCAUCAACAUUCCAUAAUUUUGUCAAAAUAGCACUUACAAAAAAUCCAAAGAAGAGACCGACAGCAGACAGGCUCCUUUCUCAUAGCUUUGUAGGGCAGCCUGGUCUUUCAAGAUCUUUAGCAGUUGAGCUGUUGGACAAAGUUAAUAAUCCUGACAACCAUACACACUACGGUGAAGUUGAUGAUGAUGAUUUUGAGCCUCACUCCGUUAUUCGCCAUACAAUUCGUUCUACGAACAGGAACAUUAGGGCAGAAAGAACGGCAUCGGAGAUAAACUUUGAUAAGCUGCAGUUUGAGCCCCCUCUACGGAAAGAAACAGAAGCUCGGGAUGAAAUGGUUGUGGCAGCUGGCACUGACUUUGCUUCACAUUGGAAUCCUUUUGUUGAUGGUGGAAGCAGCAAAUCAACACUAAAGCGAGCAGGGCCACCUCCGCUACCUCCUAAGCCGAGAAUAAACAGUUAUGCUGAGGAAAACCUUCCAGACGAUGAGAAAUGUCAGACAAUAAAACAUUUCCCCGACUCGCAGAACAGAGCCCCGCCAGCUCACAGGAGACAGAGUAUCCCUGUUUGUGGACCUCAGGCUGAUUCUUCCCCUGUUGGAAAUGGGGAUGGCAUGCUAAAACUCAUUGAAGAAAAUGCAGAAGGGUCUGGACAAAUCCCUCAACUGCCACGUAAAAAAGAGAAAAGAGAUUUUCCUAAGCCAGCAAUCAAUGGUUUACCACCAACACCGAAAGUGCUGAUGGGAGCGUGUUUUUCCAAAGUCUUUGAUGGUUGUCCUUUGAAGAUUAAUUGUGCAACAUCAUGGAUACAUCCAGAUACUAAAGAUCAGUACAUUAUCUUUGGCACGGAAGAAGGUAUCUAUACUUUGAAUUUGAAUGAACUUCACGAAGCAACAAUGGAACAGUUAUUUCCCCGAAAGUGCACCUGGCUGUAUGUUAUCAAUAACACCUUAAUGUCCUUGUCAGAAGGGAAAACAUUCCAGCUCUACUCCCAUAAUUUAAUAGCUUUGUUUGAACAAGCCAAAAAAACAGGAUUAGCUGCUCAUAUUCAAACCCAUAGGUUUCCUGACAAAAUAUUACCAAGGAAGUUUGCCUUAACAACAAAGAUCCCUGAUACAAAAGGAUGCCACAAAUGCUGUAUAGUACGAAAUCCAUACACAGGACAUAAAUAUCUGUGUGGUGCAUUGCAGUCUGGAAUUGUUCUACUACAGUGGUAUGAGCCAAUGCAGAAAUUCAUGUUAAUAAAGCACUUUGAUUUUCCUUUGCCAAGCCCUUUGAAUGUGUUUGAAAUGCUAGUGAUACCAGAGCAGGAGUACCCGAUGGUCUGCGUAGCUAUCAGUAAGGGUACUGAACCAAAUCAGGUAGUUCAGUUUGAGACAAUCAACUUGAACUCUGCUUCUUCGUGGUUUACAGAAAUUGGUGCAGGCAAUCAGCAGUUAGAUGCCAUUCACGUAACACAGCUGGAAAGAGACACUGUCCUAGUCUGCCUGGACAAAUUUGUGAAAAUUGUGAACUUACAAGGGAAAUUGAAGUCAAGCAAGAAACUGGCCUCCGAGCUGAGCUUUGAUUUCUGCAUUGAGUCAGUGGUGUGCCUUCAAGACAGUGUGCUGGCCUUCUGGAAACAUGGCAUGCAGGGCAAAAGCUUUAAGUCAGAUGAAGUUACCCAGGAGAUAUCAGAUGAAACCAGGGUUUUCCGCUUACUGGGAUCAGACAGAGUGGUAGUGUUAGAAAGCAGGCCAACAGAAAAUCCGACUGCACACAGCAAUCUCUACAUCUUGGCUGGACAUGAAAAUAGUUACUAA